AUGCCUCGUAGCCCAACAUCAAGUGAAGAUGAAAUGGCACAAAGCUUUUCCGACUAUUCUGUUGAAUCUGAAUCGGACAGCUCCAAAGAAGAAACUAUUUAUGACACAAUUAGAGCAACUGCAGAAAAGCCAAGCAGCAGAAUGGAAGACAGUCAGAGCAACACAUUAGUGAUUCGAAUUAUAAUACCUGAUCUGCAACAAACGAAAUGCAUUAGAUUUAACCCAGAAGCUUCAGUGUGGGUUGCAAAGCAACGAAUUUUGUGCACUUUGAAUCAGAGUUUGAAAGAUGUCCUGAAUUAUGGACUGUUCCAGCCUGCAAGCAAUGGUAGAGAUGGGAAGUUUCUGGAUGAGGAACGACUUCUUAGGGAAUACCCACAGCCAGUGAAUAAAGGAGUUCCUUCACUUGAGUUUCGAUACAAGAAAAGAGUGUACAAACAGUUCAAUCUUGAUGAAAAACAGCUGGCCAAGCUUCAUACAAAGGCUAAUUUGAGAAAAUUUAUGGAUCAUGUCCACCAUCUCUCAGUGGAAAAAAUAACAAAGAUGUUGGACCGAGGACUGGACCCAAACUAUCAUGACCUAGAAAGUGGAGAAACACCCCUAACUUUGGCAGUUCAGCUUGACAAUACAGUAGAAGUGAUAAAAGCUCUGAAAAACGGAGGAGCACAUUUGGACUUCAGAGCGAAAGAUGGAAUGACAGCUCUGCACAAAGCGGCCAGAGCCAAGAACCAAGUAACCCUCAAGACCCUUUUAGAGCUUGGAGCAUCUCCUAACUACAAAGACAGCUGUGGCCUGACACCACUGUACCACACUGCUAUUGUGGGAGGGGAUCCUUACUGCUGUGAACUGUUACUUCAUGAACACGCUACAGUCAGUUGCAAAGACGAAAAUGGCUGGCAAGAAAUUCAUCAGGCUUGCCGAUACGGACACGUCCAACAUCUAGAGCACCUCCUCUUCUAUGGUGCUGAUAUGUGUGCGCAGAACGCCUCGGGAAACACAGCGCUGCACAUCUGUGCCCUGUACAACCAGGAGAACUGUGCAAGAGUGCUGCUGUUCCGGGGAGCCAACAAGGAGAUUAAGAAUUACAACAGCCAGUCUCCAUUUCAGGUGGCUAUAAUAGCAGGAAAUUUUGAGCUCGCUGAAUAUAUCAAGAAUCACAGGGAAGCUGAUAUUGUGCCCUUUAGAGAGGCUCCCACCUAUUCGAACAGAAGGCGGAGACCUCCAAGCACCUUAGCAGCACCUCGGAUCUUGCUUCGUUCCAACAGCGACAACAAUCUAAACAUCAACAACCUCCCCGAGUGGUCAGUCUCCUCCUCUGCUUCUUCACACCGCAGCCUUUCACCUCAUCUACUUCAACAGAUGCAGAAUAAUCCUAAUGGAACUGUAAAAACUGUGGGGAGUUACACUCCGUCCUCCCGGAGCCGGUCGCCAUCCCUAAACAGGCUGGGAGAGGAUGCCAAACGGCAGCAGCACAGGCACAUCAGUGCCGUUUACAAUCCUAGUGCCAACAAGGAUACUCUGUCUGCCUUGGAUUAUCAGGGUCCAAAACGCAAGCUUUACAGUGCUGUACCUGGAAGACUUUUUAUUGUCGUAAAGCCAUAUCAACCUCAAGGAGAAGGGGAAAUUCAUCUGCACAAAGGAGAUAGAGUCAAAGUUUUAAGCAUUGGUGAAGGUGGAUUCUGGGAAGGCAGCACCCGGGGACAUAUUGGAUGGUUUCCUGCAGAAUGCGUUGAAGAAGUUCAGUGUAAACCAAAUGAAAGCAAACCAGAAACACGAACAGAUAGAACAAAGAAACUGUUUAGACACUACACAGUUGGAUCCUAUGACAGCUUUGAUGCUUCAAGUGACUGCAUAAUAGAAGAAAAGGCAGUGGUCCUGCAGAAAAAAGACAAUGAAGGAUUUGGAUUUGUGCUCAGAGGGGCAAAAGCUGACACACCAAUUGAAGAAUUCACCCCAACUCCAGCCUUUCCUGCUUUGCAGUACUUGGAAUCUGUGGAUGAAGGGGGAGUAGCAUGGCAAGCUGGCCUGAGAACUGGAGACUUUUUGAUCGAG